CAUCCCGUAUGAAUUGAGGGCUCCUCCACCAAUCCGAACGUCGAACCCGACAACCAACGUUCAUAUUUCGUACUGCAAGUGCAAAGAAUCAAGCUCUGUCACCAACACUGGUUUCAUUCCUGAAACUAUUAUUUCGCCACGUUUUCUCAGUUUCAUUCCAACACAAAAACUGUUCUGUCUCUGUCUCUCUUACACUUUUCCAGAUCUAAAACAAGAAGCUCUUUCUUGAAUGCUUCCGAUUUCGAUCCCAGACAAACCCUAACGGAAAGGCUUUGAUUGCAAAAUUGGGAUUUGAAUUGCAAUAUGGAGCAGCUGAAGACGAUAGGUAGGGAGCUGGCCAUGGGUUCUCAAGGCGGGUUCGGUCAGUCUAAGGAGUUCCUGGACCUGGUGAAGUCCAUCGGCGAGGCCCGAUCCAAGGCCGAGGAGGACCGCAUCGUACUCCACGAGAUCGAAACCCUCAAGCGUCGCAUCUCCGAACCCGACAUUCCCAAGCGCAAGAUGAAGGAGUACAUCAUCCGCCUCGUCUACAUCGAGAUGCUCGGCCACGAUGCCUCCUUCGGCUACAUCCACGCUGUCAAAAUGACCCACGACGACACCCUCCUCCUCAAGCGAACCGGUUACCUCGCCGUCACUCUCUUCCUCAACGACGACCACGACCUUAUCAUCCUUAUCGUAAACACUAUUCAGAAGGACCUGAGGUCUGACAACUACCUCGUGGUCUGCGCGGCUCUCAAUGCGGUCUGCCGGCUGAUCAACGAGGAGACCAUUCCGGCCAUGCUUCCGCAGGUGGUCGACCUGCUCGCCCACUCCAAGGAGGCUGUCAGGAAGAAAGCCAUCAUGGCGCUUCACCGAUUCUACCAAAAGUCCCCCUCUUCUGUCUCCCACCUCGUCUCUAAUUUCCGCAAGAGGCUCUGUGAUAAUGAUCCUGGGGUCAUGGGUGCAACUCUCUGCCCUCUUUUUGAUCUUAUAACCAUAGAAGUUCAUUCUUAUAAGGAUUUAGUUGUAAGCUUUGUAAGCAUUCUUAAACAAGUAGCAGAACGCAGAUUACCUAAGAGUUAUGAUUAUCAUCAGAUGCCGGCUCCAUUUAUUCAGAUCAGGUUGCUGAAAAUUCUGGCAUUGCUGGGAAGUGGUGACAAGCAAGCAAGUGAAAAUAUGUAUACUGUUGUUGGCGACAUAUUCAGGAAGUGUGAUUCAUCAAGUAACAUAGGAAAUGCUGUCCUCUAUGAGUGCGUAUGCUGUGUUUCUUCUAUAUAUCCCAACCCUAAAUUAUUAGAAGCUGCUGCUGAUGUUAUUUCCAGAUUUUUGAAGAGUGACAGUCACAAUUUGAAAUAUAUGGGUAUUGAUUCCCUUGGUCGAUUGAUAAAGAUGAGUCCUGAGAUAGCUGAACAACACCAACUCGCUGUGAUUGACUGCUUAGAGGACCCAGACGAUACUUUGAAGAGAAAAACCUUUGAACUAUUGUAUAAAAUGACCAAGUCCUCCAAUGUUGAAGUGAUUGUGGACCGAAUGAUUGAUUACAUGAUAAGCAUUAAUGAUAAUCAUUACAAAACUGAUAUAGCAUCUCGAUGUGUGGAGCUUGCAGAGCAAUUUGCACCCAGUAACCAUUGGUUUAUCCUGACCAUGAAUAAAGUAUUCGAGCAUGCCGGAGAUCUGGUGAAUGUAAAAGUGGCACACAACUUGAUGCGGUUAAUUGCUGAGGGAUUUGGCGAGGAUGAUGAUGCUGCUGAUAGUCAGCUGAGAUCGUCUGCUGUGGAGUCAUAUUUGCACAUUAUCGGGGAGCCAAAGCUUCCGUCUGUAUUUCUUCAAGUCAUUUGUUGGGUUUUGGGGGAGUAUGGAACAGCUGAUGGGAAGUAUUCUGCUUCUUAUAUUACUGGGAAAUUAUGUGAUGUGGCAGAGGCAUGUUCAAAUGAUGAAACUGUAAAGGCAUAUGCAGUUACAGCACUCAUGAAAAUAUAUGCAUUUGAAAUAGCAGCUGGAAGAAAAGUGGAUAUGUUACAUGAGUGUCAAUCCUUGGUUGAAGAAUUAUCGGCUUCCCACUCAACAGAUUUGCAGCAACGUGCAUAUGAAUUACAAGCAGUCAUUUGCUUAGAUGCUCAUGCUGUCGAGAAUAUUAUACCAUCAGACGCAAGUUGUGAAGAUGUAGAGAUAGAUAAAAACCUCUCAUUCCUAAACAGUUAUGUCCAACAGUCGAUGGAAAAUGGUGCUCAGCCCUACAUUCCUGAGACUCAGCGCUCUGGCAUGUUGGAUACCAACUUCAGAAGCCAAGACCAGCCUGAAGCUUCGUUGCAUGGUCUUAGGUUCGAGGCAUAUGAGCUUCCAAAGCCCCCAGUGCCAUCAAGAAUACAUACAGCUUCACUUGAGCCCUCAACUGAACUUGUUCCAGCAUCUGAGCCAGCUUAUCCUAAGGACACCCAUCAGGUUGCUACUGUGCCAUCUGUAUCAGAUGCAGGGUCAUCAGAACUGAAGCUACGACUUGAUGGUGUUCAGAGAAAGUGGGGUAGACCAGCAUACUCCUCUUCUGCGCCAUCUCCCUCAAGUUCUACUUCCCAGAAUACAGUGAAUGGGGUCACUCAAAUAGAUGCUGCAGGCAGUGUAAUUUCAAAAGCACACAAAACUAAUGAUUCGCGGAAACCACGAGUUGAGAUUUCUCCAGAAAAGCAGAAGCUUGCAGCUUCAUUGUUUGGGGGAUCUUCUCAAACUGAGAAGAGAUCCACUUCGGCUAGCCAUAAGGUUACUAAAGCAGUUAGCCAUGCUGCAGGGAAGUCUCAGGCACCAAAGUCAGCAGUUGUAUCCAAUCAAGUGACAGUGGAGAAGACAAUUCAUCAACCUCCUCCGGACUUGCUUGACUUGGGGGAACCAGCUGUUCCAAGUACUACUCCAUCUGUGGAUCCAUUCAAGCAGUUAGAAGGGCUUCUUGACCCAACUCAAGUUAGUUCGACAGCAAAUCAUGGUGCAGUUGGUGCUGCUACGGAAUCACCUGAUAUUAUUGCACUAUAUGGAAAGACACCUGCUAGUGGGCAUAGCAGCAGCGCUGCAAUUUCUUUGCCAACCAACGGGGACGGUGUCAAUUUCACAGCUGGGCUAUUAGAUGCAACUCUCAGCACCGCUCAUGCAGGUACCACACUUCCAACACAAUCUAUAAAGGGUCUGAAUGCUAAAGAUUCCUUGGAAAAGGACGCACUCGUGAGGCAGAUGGGUGUGACUCCAUCAAGCCAAAAUCCUAACUUGUUCAGAGAUUUGCUAAGCUAAAAUUUUUCAGACAACAGCUUCUAAAUCAGGAACUGGAAAAUUGAUUGCUUUAUGAUGUGGAUAUAUUUCCAGAGCAGCUCUCUGUUUGAUUGGUGAUAUUUCAAUGAUGCAAUUAGCGAAACGAGCAGAGUAGCAAGAGAAUGAGAAUGGAUGCUUGUGUUAGCCAUGCUGGUUAUGAAGCAAUCCCGUGGCAAAAGAGUUCUCCUGUGCAAAUUUGUAUUUCCUUUGCUCCGCAUGGCAUUUGAGUUACCUUGUAAUAAUAAACACGUGUAUAAGCGAGUUGUCUUUUUGAUUUUUUACCCUUCAUUGGUAACAUUUUUCCUUGGUGUCUAUUUGGAGUUCUCCAACAAUGAGAAGCCUCGUUUGAAUCGUACAAUGGUCUACAUAUAAUAAUUCAUGUGGAUUGAGCUCUGCAA